AUGGCGCUGACCACGACGCUGCCGUGGGCGCUCUUCUUCGACCUGGUGUCCGUGCUGGACGACGUGCGCGUCUGCGUCGAGGUGUGGCCCGACCCCGCCGACGGCGCGCUCUACUUCCUCUUCGGCAACCUGCUCUUCUUCUACGUCGUGCCCUUCGCCCUCAUCUCGCUCUGCUACGUUCUCAUCUGGAUCAAGGUGUGCAAGCGGGAUAUCCCUGGUGACUCCACGGAUGCACAGCUGGAACGCAUGCAGCACAAGAGCAAGAUCAAGGUGGUCAAGAUGCUGGUGGUGGUGGUGAUCCUGUUCGUGGCGUCGUGGCUGCCGCUGUACGUGAUCUUCGCGCGCAUCAAGCUGGGCGGCGAGCUGGCCGCCUGGGAGGACGAGGCGCUGCCGGUGGCGACGCCGGUGGCGCAGUGGCUGGGCGCCUCCAACUCGUGCAUCAACCCGCUGCUGUACGCCUUCUUCAACCACAAGUUCCGGCGCGGGUUCGCCGCCAUAUUGCGCUCGCGGCGCUGCUGCGGCCGCCUGCGCUACUACGAGACGGUGGCGCUCUCCGGCUCGAGCGUGCGCAAGUCGUUCAACAACAACAACUCGUCGACCCGGCGCCCCGACACGUCCGUGUCGUACAUCUUCAACAACACGGGCGUGUAG